AUGGCACCGCGGUGGGUGCUGGCGGCGGCGUCUGGGCGGCCUCUGGGUCGCUGGCGGGCGCUGCCGCUGCGCGUGCAGCCGCUCAAGACGCUGCGCCAGGACUGCCGCGUGUUCUCCGUGCUGCUGCUGCCGGCCGACAGACGCGCAAGGGCGACGCCGACCGUCGUCCGGACGCUGGAGUUGCGCAGAGCCAUGAGCUCGACGCCCGACAACGAGUCGGAGGAGCAGAAGCAGCGGCGCGAGCUGGAGGCCAAGACGGCGGCCAAAAUCCUCAAGAAGAAGCUCAAGAAGGACAUGGAGACGGCCAGGAACCUCGCAAUGCAUCAAGUGGUGAACGUGCCGAACGUCAUCACGACGGCGCGGAUCCUGGCCACGCCGUAUCUGGCGCACCUGAUUGUCCAAGGAGACCACGUCUCAGCUAUCGGCUUGCUGGCGGUGGCUGGUGUCUCCGACUGGUUGGACGGCUUCAUCGCGAGGACGUUCCACCAGGAAUCCAUCGUCGGCUCCUUCCUUGACCCUUUCGCAGACAAACUGCUCAUCGGCACCUUGUCGCUUAGUAUGAUGUGGACGGGGCUGCUGCCACUGCCUUUGGCGGCGCUGAUUUUGGGCCGUGACGGCAUGCUCAUUGGUGGCACGUUCUACCACCGACUGAAGACCAAGGACGAGUCUUCGGGAUUUUUCGAUACGUCAGACAGCGGGGCCUUUCAGGUCAAACCGUCGCUGCUGAGCAAGGUGAACACGGCUCUGCAGCUGUCGGUCUUUGGACUCGCGCUGACCAACGCGGCCUGGCAAAUUCCUCCGGAUCCGGCACUCAACGUGCUCUUGUACGUCUUCAUCACUUCCUCUAUACGGUAUAUUGCGCUUGGCCGCUGA